AUGCCCACCAAGAACGUAACUUCAGCUCUCUGCGAUGUGCCUGUUCGCUCGGAAAUCACCCAUUUACGCGUGGCAAACAUCGUACUGGCCGUAGUGACAGGCUCCUGCAUCAUCUUACGCUUUAGUUACCACAUGUUUUUCCACGUCAAUGGGCUUAACUGGGACGACUUCCUCGUGCUAGCUACGGUGGUUCUAGCCGUACCAUCUGUCGUUAUUGUCGACAGGUGUAUGCUUCCGAAUGGCAUUGGUAUCGACAUUUGGAACGUCCCAUUUGACCACAUCGACAACUUUAUACGAUGGCUAUACGUCGUCACUCUACUAUACCUCCUCCAGGCUGCUUUGGUCAAGAUUACGCUCCUUUCCUUCUUCCUACGGAUAUUCCUCAGACGGCGAACAGUACAGCUUUUGUGGGGAACUAUUAUCUUUAUUGGAUUAUGGACCUUCUCCAUUUUCAUUCCCGCCGCGAUGCCAUGUCUACCGGUUAGUGAUUUCUGGACGGGAUGGGACAUGGAAAGACCAACAAAAUGUCUCAACAUGGAUGCGGUAGUAUGGAUGCAUGCCAUUAUAGGCAUUGUGUUGGACCUCUGGAUGAUAGCCAUUCCUCUAUACGAGGUCUAUCAUCUCCAGAUGACAUGGGUGAAAAAGUUCGGCGUGGCUUUGAUGUUCUCUCUUGGUACCUUGUCAGUACCCUUGCAGCCUACAUUACAUGCUCUAGCCCCAAGCUUACGUUUCCGCAGUGUCACAGUAGUCUCCAUCCUCCGCCUGAAAUCGCUCUUUUUCUUCGACGGCGACAACAACUAUACAUGGAAGCAAGCGAAAGUCGUCUUGUGGUCCAUGUACGAGCUCCACGUCGGAGUGAUCUGCGCCUGCAUCCCGACUCUCCGCCUGAUCUUCAUCCGCGCAAUCCCUUCGGUCAUCAGCUCGAUACAAGGAAGCACCCAGCGAAGCAGCGCGAACGGAAACGGCAGUAGAAGAAGUCGUGGCACAACUCAGAAUCUAGACACGUUGAGAAGUGACAGAGGUGGGAAAGAAGGCCUGGCCGUUGAACCCAACACGAUUACAUACACCAGGACCUUUGCAGUCCGGCAUGAGGAAAACGACGAGGAGGUCGAACUUGUCCAUAUGGAGGAUUUAAGUGAAAAGACGUCGAGAGAACGAGGUGGAAGCUAUGCUAGUGAGCUGAGCUUAUAG